AUGGGUUACGGUGCCAACACAGAUUUCAGAGACGAGUGGCUGGACGACCUGCCGUACCGAUUGAAGAAGACUAGCAUGAGGGAUGUUAGGUUCAUCUGUAUUGACACCGACAUGGUACGAAGGCUGCCCUAUACACUUCGAGACGAGACCAAGAGACGUGUCACUUCUUUUCAUCUUGGCGUAGCAAUUCUCGAUACCAGAGACAUUCGGGAUGUCAUUACACGGUCAAUCAAUUUACCAAACCCGUCGGAUCUUAUCAAGACAUAUGAGUUCGCGGUUCAAACCGAAGUUCCCCAAACAGACAAUUUCAUCUUCGGAGAGACACAGGCGAUAUCUCUAAGUGGCCUCAAGAAGAAAUUCCUUGAGUGGCAACACGGUCGAACUGUGAUUGGCGUCGCAUACUCGGCUCGUAACGACUAUAUCAUCCUGAGAGACUUUGGAGUCUUCUUCAACCAUAUUUACUGGCUCGACCUGUGCCAGGCAACAUAUCUCAUCACUCAACAGUCCAAGGCAAUCAACCUCCGCGAAGUGCUAGAAUUUAUGGCGCACAUCUUCAGCCCUGGUGCGGCCUGGCCGCGAGAAUCGCCAAGGCUCCGUUGCCAUUAA